AUGAGUUUUGCUGGUAAAAUAUUUCGAGAAGUUACCGCCAUCAGGUUGUGUACCUCAGUACCUAUAUCAUGGGUUACACGCAGUCUUGCAACAUUUUCAAGACUACCACAUGUUGCCGUUGUUGGCGCUGGACCAGCUGGUCUAUAUGUUUGUGCUGGAAUACUUCGCCGAUUACCGGAAUGUUAUGUGGAUGUUUACGAAAGCAACAUGGUACCAUAUGGUUUAGCCCGGUAUGGAAUAGCGCCAGAUCAUCCUGAAAUGAAGAACUGUCUAUCACAUUUUGACAGAUUGUUUGUCGAAAAUCCAGAUAGACUGAAGUUAUUUUGCAACGUUUACAUUGGUCGAGAUGUCAAAUUUGAUGAACUUUGUUCGGAUUAUGAUGCCGUCGUACUAGCAUACGGUGCACGACGUCAGAGGCGAUUACAGAUCCCCGGAAUCGAUGCGACGAAUGUUUUUUCGGGUGGCGACUUUGUAUUUUGGUAUAACGGCAUGUCUGGUAUCAAAGCGCCGCUUUUGAACUGCAAAGAAGCGGUCAUUAUUGGCAAUGGUAACGUAGCCUUGGACUGUUCACGCCUGUUGCUUUCAUCUGGAACGGAUCGGUUAUUGAGAACAGAUAUCCCAGCAUCGAUACUGGAUACACUUUCGCGUUCUCAGAUACGUCAUGUAACCAUUGUUGGUCGAAGAGGUCUACUCGAUGUUUCAUUCACCAUAAAAGAAUUACGGGAACAAAUUACACUCCCGAAUUGUUCAUUUUCUGUAGAAAUUGAAAAUUCUGAGCUGCUCGCUGUGAAGGAGGCACAACAGACAUUAUCAAGACCAAGGAAACGUAUUGCGGAACUGAUUUUAAAUAAUAAUCAUGUAGACAAACCGAUGUCCGACCGUCAUUGCCAGCUCUUAUUUCGAAGAACGCCAACAAAGGUUGUGACGGACAAUCGUGGAUUGGUCAAGGCACUGCAGGUAACUCAUUCACUGAGUGGUCACAGAGAAGAUCUUCCAUGCGGCCUACUGCUUUACUGUAUUGGAUUCGAAAAUGUGGCUCUAGAUGGGGUACCAGUGAAUGCAGAUGGCGAAAUUAAAAUGCUUGAUACUGUUCGUGUAGCAACGGAAGAAGAAAUUCUAGUUUAUGCUGCGGGUUGGUGCGCACAUUCACCUCGAGGGAUUAUUGCACAUACACAGAUGAAUGCCAGCAAUGUAGCUGACCGACUAAGUUCCGAUCUACAAAAGUAUGGUUUGAAAACUGCGCCAAUUACGGGUUCGCAUCAACGAUUACUAUCACGGAAAGUAGAGUACUUGACGUGGGAUGACUGGAAGAAAAUUGAUGCGGAAGAGAAGAAAUUAGGAGUUGCACAUGGAAAGAAGCGAGAAAAAUUGCUGAGUUUUGAAAAUUUUAUCCCUUCAAAUUAA